AUGACAGUUGCUACCGGAGAUCCUGCAGACGAAGCUGCAGCUCUUCCCGGUCACCCGCAGGACACAUAUAACCCUGAGACCGACCAUGAAUGCUGCGAGAGGGUGGUCAUUAAUAUUUCGGGUCUGCGCUUUGAGACACAGCUCAAGACACUAGCCCAGUUUCCAGAGACCUUACUAGGGGAUCCUAAAAAGAGAAUGAGAUAUUUCGACCCGCUCCGGAAUGAGUAUUUCUUUGACCGGAACAGACCCAGCUUUGAUGCGAUUUUGUACUAUUACCAGUCUGGUGGGAGGUUGCGGAGGCCGGUUAACGUGCCCUUAGAUAUCUUCUCGGAAGAAAUUCGUUUCUAUGAACUGGGGGAAGAAGCGAUGGAGAUGUUUCGGGAGGAUGAAGGCUACAUCAAAGAAGAGGAAAGACCGUUGCCUGAGAACGAGUUUCAGAGACAAGUGUGGUUGCUCUUUGAGUACCCCGAGAGCUCAGGCCCUGCCAGGAUUAUAGCUAUUGUCUCUGUCAUGGUGAUUUUAAUCUCCAUCGUCAGCUUUUGCCUGGAAACGUUGCCCAUUUUUCGGGAUGAGAACGAAGACAUGCACGGCAGCGGGCUGAGCCAUCCCCCCUACUCCAACAGCAGCAUGGGGUACCAGCAGUCCACCUCUUUCACAGACCCCUUCUUCAUCGUGGAGACACUUUGCAUCAUCUGGUUCUCCUUCGAGUUCUUGGUGAGGUUUUUCGCCUGCCCCAGCAAGGCUGGGUUUUUUACCAACAUCAUGAACAUUAUAGACAUCGUAGCCAUCAUUCCCUAUUUCAUCACCUUAGGGACGGAGCUGGCCGAGAAGCCGGAGGAUGGUCAGCAAGGCCAGCAAGCCAUGUCCUUGGCCAUCCUUCGAGUCAUCCGCUUGGUGCGGGUCUUCAGGAUCUUCAAGCUCUCCCGACACUCCAAGGGGCUGCAGAUCCUGGGGCAGACUCUCAAGGCCAGCAUGCGGGAGCUGGGCCUCUUGAUAUUUUUCCUCUUCAUCGGCGUCAUCCUCUUCUCCAGCGCCGUCUACUUUGCCGAGGCCGACGAGAGCGAGUCCCAGUUCCCGAGCAUCCCCGACGCCUUCUGGUGGGCCGUGGUUUCCAUGACGACUGUUGGCUACGGAGACAUGGUCCCCACAACCAUCGGGGGGAAAAUUGUGGGUUCCUUGUGUGCCAUCGCUGGCGUAUUAACGAUUGCCUUACCAGUGCCCGUCAUAGUGUCUAACUUCAAUUACUUCUACCACCGGGAGACAGAGGGAGAGGAGCAGGCUCAAUAUUUGCAAGUAACCAGCUGCCCAAAGAUCCCCUCUUCCCCUGACCUAAAGAAAAGCAGAAGUGCCUCUACUAUUAGUAAGUCUGAUUAUAUGGAGAUUCAGGAAGGUGUAAACAAUAGCAAUGAGGAUUUUAGGGAGGAGAACUUGAAGACAGCCAAUUGCACCCUAGCUAACACAAACUAUGUGAAUAUCACCAAAAUGCUAACCGAUGUCUAG